GCGCGUGUGUCUGCUUAAAACACGGAAAACACUUUUACGCCGAUGUAAGCAUAAUUAAUAAAGAUGGCAAAUUGAGAAAGACUAGCAUCGCAUCGAAUGCAGAGAUCUGUGCAACAUGCAACAACCAGCGAAGAGCAACGAGCCGUGCCAUGAAAUAAAUUAAUCUUUUAUGCUUAAACAAAUCCGCUUUUUCCUGUCGAGCAAGAGACAACAUUGAACGGAGCACAAUCGUACGGAGUCAGCAAAAUAGCUAGCGGGAGGAUAUCCGGAGAUUCCCCAAUGAUAGCCAACCUGGUCAACGUCAUUAGCAGCAUCGACAUCGAGAUGAACUCGGGCAUAAACACGGACCAGCAGCAUAGGACUCUUGACAUUGACGGGGGGUCGACGUCGACUCCGCUGAACGUCACGCAAGCUCUCUGGGAGCUGGCCGUGGCAACGGCCACUGGGAUGCCACUCGUCGAAGGCCUUGGCAAUGGCAGCGGCGUGCCGGUGACCGAGACCCCCUAUGUGCCGUACGGCAGGCGGCCGGAGACCUACAUUGUGCCCAUCCUCUUUGCCCUGAUCUUUGUGGUUGGCGUCCUGGGCAAUGGAACUCUGAUUGUGGUCUUCCUGAGUGUGCGUCAGAUGCGGAAUGUUCCAAACACCUAUAUACUUUCGCUGGCCCUGGCGGAUCUGUUGGUCAUCAUAACCACAGUGCCAUUGGCCUCCACCGUCUACACCGUUGAGUACUGGCCCUAUGGCAGCUUCUUGUGCAGUGUGUCAGAGUUCAUGAAGGAUGUAUCGAUUGGUGUGUCGGUAUUCACACUGACAGCCCUCUCCGGUGAUCGGUACUUUGCCAUUGUCGAUCCAUUGCGAAAGUUUCACGCACAUGGAGGCGGAAGACGGGCCACGCGGAUGACCUUGGCCAUAGCUGUCUCCAUUUGGCUCUUGGCCAUUAUAUGCGGUCUGCCAGCCCUCAUCGGAAGCUAUCUCAAGCAUGUUCAACUUACCAAGGAAAAGGCAAUUGACAUCUGUUAUCCCUACCCGGAUACUUGGGGCAUAGACUAUGCCAAGACAAUGGUUCUGUUGCACUUCCUGGUCUACUAUGCCAUCCCGUUGGUGAUUAUAGCCGUAUUCUAUGUGCUGAUUGCUCUGCACCUGAUGUACACGGCGAGUGUUCCUGGCGAAAUUCAGGGAGCUGUCCGACAGGUUCGAGCCCGUCGCAAAGUCGCCGUGACUGUGCUGGCAUUUGUUGUCAUCUUUGGCAUUUGCUUUUUGCCCUACCACGUCUUCUUCCUUUGGUUCUACUACUGGCCCACUGCCCAGGAUGAUUACAAUGCAUACUGGCAUGUCCUGCGCAUCGCCGCCUACUGCAUGUCCUUCGCCAACAGCUGUGCCAACCCGGUGGCCCUCUACUUUGUGAGCGGCGCCUUUCGCAAGCAUUUCAAUAGAUAUCUGUUUUGUCGCGGUGCGAACGGACACCGCAAGAAGCGGAACCAAGCCAACGACACAUUCUGCAUGCACCGGGACACCUCGUUGACCAGCACCGCUUCGAAGCGCUAUCAGUCGCGGCAUUCCUGCUAUCAAAGCACCAUCCGCAGCUCCCGGCUGCAGGAGACAACGAUAGCCACGCUGCCGAAUGGCGCCCCAAUUUCAGCCGUGGAUCUGACCACUCACACUGAGGUGGCGCCGGGCUAUGAAUUUACGCCGCUGAACGAGUAUGGACAGCGGACAAAGCCACCCAGGCAGCAGCAGUCGCUAUUGAAUUGAAGUACCAGCACAAUGCAGCCAAAAAGUUAGUUUUUAAGGGAGUUUACAGGCAGGCAGUCAGGCAGGACCCGAAUCACCUGAUUGGCAAAUUAACAAAAUAAGCUAACAGCUAAAUUAAAAAAAAUAUAUAUACUCUAGCUAAGAUUUCGAUUUAAUUUAGCUUUACUUUUCAGUUAUUCCUGAAGCUAACUAACGUCUUCUCGCAGUAGAAUUUAGGCUCCUCAUCAGUUUCAAAGUAAGCCACAGAAAAAGUUGCACUAAAACAAAGUUGGUGACCUCCUCGAAUUGUAUAUACUUCCUACACAAACACCAGCGUAGUUAUGUAUUCGUUUUCUAUGUGUCUAGUCAUAGGGUUGAGCCCUAACGUAAACUGUGUCUGUUCCAAACUAAAGUAUUACAGCCGUGUGCACGGCGUUAAGCGAAACAAUUUAACAGAGACAUAUUUCAAAAUGUGUGGUAAUACGCCAUGUUAUAUGUUACAUUUAAAUCGAAUCACAGUGACUUUG